CAAAACUUUGAAAGGUAACAUAUUGUAACAAGUUGCUAAGGUCAUAGGUUUAGUCUUUGCUUAUCUAUCUUGAAUUUAGUCCAGUCUGACACUGCGACCAUCGAGGUAACGUUGAAGAAUACUGGUCACCAUAAUUACAAGAGAGAAGAAUAUGGUGACCGUAUAAUUGUAAUGAGAUGAUUAAAUGCAACUGGUCGGGGCGUAUACGAAAUAAAGACAGAAAAAGGUACUGGGCUUUCUUUCCCUCUGCUUUUCCUUUCAUCUCAGUGAAGCUUUUGAAAUAAUGAGCGAUGUCGGGCGAGUACCCAAGAACUGCAAAGGAGCAGUUACCAAAGAGGGGGAUCGAAUCGAUCCUCUGAACAUUGCGAUUACUAGCUUACCAUUUUCAGAAGCGAGAGGUGGAGAAGCAACUCGCUGUGGUUAAGGAACAGUUACAGACAAACUACAUGGAAUUGAAUGUUGCUGGUGCUACAAUAAAAAAGAUGAAGAUAUCUCGAUCCAGUUGAAGGAUAUGGAUGAGCCUGAUUUGAAUAGCAUUGGUACUUUUGUAAGUAUGUUUUGUUCUUUAACUGUUCAAUUUGACUUUCAGUUUUGUCACGAUCAUUUGGUAUCGAGUAUGCAAGAAGAAGAUCUUUAAGACUGAAACAAAACUUUGUAAUACUUGAAAUUUGGUUACUUCUUCAUUGUUGACGAGGCUGCUGAAUUGGAAGAAUACAUGAGAGAAUAUGCUGCCAAAUGUAAGGAGCGUGAUACCUUGGAAGCUGAUUGUCAGCUGUUAAAAGAUCAAAUGGACAAAGCUGGCACAAAAUCAUCCAAAAUUCGGGAUACUUUAAAAGACAUCGAAGCUGAAGAAUGCCCUCUUCUGAUCUCCAGUAGUAGCUGGAAAGGAGUGGAAAGUGUAGAACAGCGUACUGGAAAACACGAGGAAAUUUGUGUUGCAUACUGUGAGAGGAAAACGGAGUAUGAGCAGAUAGUGGAAGACAUGAAGAAUUUAGAGAAAGGGUUAACAAUAUUUUAAUGCCAGUGCACCUCCAACAAGAAUGAUGAUCUUUCAAAGAUGUUUGUAAUAAACACUUCUCAGCUUGUGUGCAUUGUUACAUGAACAUAAGAAAAGAGUGCAUGAAGCCCACCAUCCGAAAGUCUGUUUUGAGGACUCAAGACUUUGGGCCAUAACACAGACAUUUUGUAAGACAGACGGUUUCAGGUCAGAAAUUGUUUCUGUUAACUUGGCAUUUAAUAUUGAUAAGCUUUUGUAUCAAAAACAUUGGAUAUCUUUUGAUCUCACGCUGUUUAAUGGAUUUAAGUUUGGCUGUUUUUGUUUGUCGACUGAGUUAAUGCGGACCUUAGGGAAACAGAUGGAGUGAACUGGAUGCAGCUAGAUCAGGAUAGAGUCCAGUGGUGGGCUUUUGUGAACAUGACGAUGAACCUAUAACUUUCAUAAAGGAAGUGGGCUAUUCUUUGACGAGCCGAGUAUACAGUUAACCUUUCAAAGAAUUUCCUAGGUUAACUUGUUUUCCAUCCUUUAAACUUUAAUUUCUAAAAUGCUGAACACGUGGAAUAGUGAAUUGAAUUAUAAUAUAUCUGCACAUAAGAGUAAAUAUUAAUUAAUUUAAAUUCCAACAUGGUAUAUUAUAAAUAGUCAUUUAUGUACUUUCACUUAUGUCUGUCCAUUUAUAUUCCUCCCUUUCAUUUUUACUUUCCAGUUCGCAAGUUAAAUAAAUUCAAUUCAUGUUUUGCUGCAUA